CUCGGAAUCCAAACACGGCAUUUCUCCCGCAACGAAGAAUCGCAAUCGCUGAUUCGAACUUUCUUCCUCCGUAGUUUCCUCUGUCUCUCUCCCGCGUUUUUCAACCCGUUGCUUUCUCUGAAUCCGAAACCGUAUUUUUCCCGCGCUCACGGAGAUGUAUCAGUGGAACCUUCCCUACCGGAAAAAUGACGUGGAGUUCGGUGUAGCGAGGCCUCUGUAUCCGACGAUGCUGGAGAGCCCCGAGUUCCGGUGGGGAUUCAUCCGAAAGGUGUAUUCGAUCAUCGCGUUCCAGCUGCUGGCGACGAUCGCCGUCGCGGCCACGGUGGUUUCCGUACGUCCGAUCGCCUUGUUCUUCGCCACCACCGGAGCCGGCUUGGCGCUCUACAUAGUCCUCAUCAUCACGCCCUUCAUAGUGAUGUGUCCGUUGUACUAUUACCAUCAGAAGCAUCCGGUGAAUUACUUUCUACUGGGGAUUUUCACUUUGGCUCUUGCUUUUGCCGUCGGAUUGACUUGUGCCUUCACAAGUGGGAAAAUCAUUCUGGAGUCAGUUAUCCUGACAACGGCCGUGGUGCUUGCCCUCACCUUUUACACCUUCUGGGCUUCCAAGAAAGGAUACGAUUUCAAUUUUCUCGGCCCUUUCUUGUUCGCUUCCGUCAUCGUGCUUAUCGUCUUUGCCCUUGUACAGGUUCUGUUCCCAUUGGGUAGGAUAGGGGUGAUGAUAUACGGAUGCUUGGGGUCGAUAAUAUUCAGCGGAUACAUAAUAUACGACACGGACAAUCUGAUCAAGCGUUACUCGUACGAUGAGUACAUUUGGGCUGCGAUUUCUCUCUACCUAGACAUCAUCAACCUCUUCCUGUCUCUGCUCACUCUCUUCAGAGCCUCCGACAGUUGAAGAAGGGUGCACUCUCUGCUUCUGGGCUGCGAUCAUGGUAUUGGUGGCGGCAACAUUUGAGAGAAUAUGCUAACAAGACCAAAAACGCAUUUGUCCAACAUUGUAAAUCUCUGCAUAGACGCAUGUAUCAGGUCAUGAUUUGAUCGCGCGGUUAUAUGCUCGUGUGGUUGGAUGUGUAAGUGUGAUUCUGAUUGCAUCCUGACCAUAGAAUUAA